AAAAUAUCACAGAUAGCCGAAUAAUAGAACUACAAUAAUGGCUUUACAGUAAAGACCCGUCCUCUUAAACAUUCAUGCCUCGCAUUUGUAGCGGAAACAGUGCUGGUGAAAUAAGAUAUCUUUCUCGCGCAUUUCAUAACGACAGAGCAGAAAAAGAUACAACGUGUCCAUACUACAGAUACUACCAGCAGCAGAAAUGCCUCGCAUUGAGAAUGACAUCAAGUUGGACUUCAAGGACGUACUUCUCCGUCCGAAACGAAGCACACUCAAGUCCCGUAGUGAGGUGGACCUGAUGAGAUGUUACACCUUCAGGAACUCAAAGGGAAGCUACAGAGGAAUCCCCAUUGUUGCAGCCAACAUGGACACUGUCGGCACCUUCGAGAUGGCUCUGGCUUUGUCCAAGUUCACACUCUUCACUGCCAUUCACAAGCACUAUUCAGUAGAUGACUGGAAGGAGUUUGCAACAAAGAAUCCAGAAUGUGUACCGUGUAUGGCAGUCAGCACAGGGACAGGCGAAGGGGACUUUGAAAGGCUGGGUGAGAUCAUAGCUGCUGUGCCUCAGCUCCAGUACAUCUGUGUGGAUGUGGCCAAUGGCUACUCUGAGCACUUUGUCCACUUUGUUAAAGACGUGCGCCUGAAGUACCCGACACACACCAUCAUGGCGGGGAAUGUGGUUACCGGGGAGAUGGUGGAGGAGCUGAUCCUCGCUGGGGCUGACAUCAUCAAAGUGGGCAUCGGACCAGGCUCUGUGUGCACCACCCGUAAGAAAACAGGGGUGGGUUAUCCCCAGCUGAGCGCUGUGAUAGAGUGUGCAGAUGCUGCCCACGGCCUGGGCGGACACAUCAUCUCUGAUGGUGGAUGCACUUGCCCUGGUGACGUUUCCAAGGCUUUUGGUGCUGGGGCGGACUUUGUGAUGCUGGGCGGGAUGCUGGCCGGCCACUCAGAGAGCGGGGGCGAGGUCAUCGAGAAGAACGGGAAGAAGUACAAGCUGUUCUACGGCAUGAGCUCCGACACGGCCAUGAAGAGACACGCCGGGGGUGUGGCCGAGUACAGGGCAUCUGAAGGGAAGACGGUAGAGGUAGUCUACAAGGGUCCCGUGGACGUGACCAUACGGGAUGUCCUGGGUGGGGUACGCUCCACCUGUACCUACGUGGGUGCAGGGAAGCUCAAGGAGCUCAGCCGCAGGACCACCUUCAUCAGGGUCACCCAGCAGCUCAACACCGUCUUUGGGAACGAUAACUAGGCGAGGCCCAGGCUGGUUCACACACACAUAUACACACAUAUACACACACCAUACCGUUGAUAGUAAGAAUCAGUCAGUUGAGAAACUUAAACCUGUAUACAUCCCUUAGCCGUGGUAUAUUGGCCAUAUACCACAAACCCUCUAGGUGCCUUAUUGCUAUUAUAAACUGAUUACCAACCUAAUUAGAGCAGUAAAAAUAAACAUUUUGUCAUACCAAUCAGCAUUCAGGGCUCGAAUCCACCCAGUUCAUAAUUCAACUUUAAACAUAUUUGACUUAUUCUAACCUGCCAUAAAUGUACAUUUCUUGGUAAGAAGUGAACUGAGGGCACUUCAGGACGUAUUUCCAGGUUUUUCGUUUGUCAUAUUGCUCAAUCAUUCCCAUUCCGCUCUGGGGGCGGUGAGUACAGGCUUCUCUCUAUGUCCAAUAUUAUUUAACAUGUCCUAUCAUUUCACAUGAUCUUGCGCUCUCUCUCUCUCUCUUUACCUCUCAAUCCCCCAUUUUCCUAACACUUCUAUGCACAUCCCUGUUUUUCAAGACAUCUCAUCGCCAUGCUGUUUGAAAACCAUAUGCCAUAAAUGAAUAUACAGUAUUUCACGGUAUGAAGUAUGUACUAUAUUGAGAUUGCAAGCAUUAAAAACAUCUGCUUUUAUUAUUUUAGAUAUAGUCAACUAAUUCUGAGUCAAGUGGACAUACAUACAGUGAAGAGAUUCAGAUGUUCAUAAUAAUAACCAAUACUGCCGAUUUUAAAAUAUUUUAGAUUAUUUUAUCCUUUUCAAAAUAACUUAAAUAUAUAUUGCACUUAAUGAUUUGCAAUGGUGUAGUAUUCCAGUCGUUUUCCCCAUAGAAAGUUAUUUUUUCUGCUAUUCUCGUGCGGACCAAAUAUUAAGGCGAGGAGGAAAUAGAUACUGAAUGAAAAUACUGACAAACAGGUGUUUCGUGUGCUGUACAGCUACAGCAGCAACUCGGUCAGUGAAAUGACACACCGCAUGUUGACGGGAAACUGUUGUGGAAUACAAAAUAUAGAGUUGCAAAAUUCCUGUAACUUUCCCAAAAUUCCCAGGUUUUCCAGAAGUCCUGAGUGGAACUUGGAUGAUUCCCAGAAUAUGGCAGAAAAAGCAAGAAAUCCAGCAAACCCCCAACCAGGAUUUCUGGAGAACUUGGGAAUUUUGGGAAAGGAACCGGGAUUUUGCAACCCUAAUUCAAAGUAUUGUAGCGACCUUAACACAACACCAAGUGACCUCGUCAAGAGGUUCGGACUUCUUAGCUUAAUGGUUAAGGUGUUGGCUUGACAGUCACUGGACAUGGUUCCAGUCCUUGUCAGGGCUCCCUCAUGAAUUCGCUACAGUAUGUAUUGAUGCUAAGGAAGGCAGGACAGCUUUGAUUGUUAACUCGAUUUAAUGUUAAUUUCUCGCUUUUGUCAAUUAGACUAGAUAGAAUUUCCAUUCAAUCAGUAUUCACAUUAUUACUUCCCUGGAUAUUCAGUUACUUUGCUAGAAUGUUGUCUAUGCAUUAUUAUUUUAAGGUGUGCAACUGACUAGUUUUCAUUAUGUCUGUAUAUUUACUUUACUUCAUAGUGUUUUCCAGGAUGAUUCCUUUUCAUAUAUUUUGGUAUUAGUCAAACAUGUCAUGCCGUUUUUAAGGCCACAUUUUUUGUUGUUUCAGUCUUGUCAGUUCUGACCAGUCAGAUAAACACUCCAAACAGCCUACCCGACCGCUCGGGGUCGUCCACAUGGUCAUAAAGCACACCGUUGCCUUGUUUUGUAUCACAUUCCAAUAAUAAAACUGAAAAUGCAAUUUCAGAAUGACAUGUCCGCCCCAGUGAAAGUCGCGCCCCUGGUUCUGACCAAUAAAGAGCAUUCCAUAUGA